GGAUGGGGUGCAGGGUAGCGUAAGAUGGAGCAUGCCGUGGGGGUGUGUGCAGUGGUCGGGGUGCAGUGCAGUGCAGUGCCGUGGGGGUGUGCAUUAUGCUGUGAGCUGUAGGGCUGUGCAGUGCGGGCACCGGAGGGUGCGAUGCCACGAGAGGUGCAGACGGUGCUCUAGGGCUUGUAGUGUGGGCAUGGAAGGGUGUAGUGUACUACCAGUGACCUGCAGUGCUGCAGGGAUACGGAGCAUAGUGCAGUGCCGCGGGGAUGAAUAUGCACGUGGAGGGUAUGCCGUGAAGUGACCCAGAGAGAAGCACUUGCAGGGCAGUGUGAUGCAGACCCACUGAGGGCUGCCCCAUGCAGGGAGAAUGCAGUGCAUUGCAGCAGCACCGUUGGAGGCCGGCGGCAGCAGUGCCUUGUGUACGAGGCUGCUGAAAGUCCAACCCAGACGUUAAAUAUAAACCCGCAGCAGUUCACCCGGUGCAACGCUCCACGGCAACGCACUAUUCCGAAAUGGCUGCUGUGCCCCUCGGCUUCGACAUCGACGCCCCACGCUGGGACCAGAGCACCUUCAUGGGGCGGCUGUGGCACUUCUUCAACAUCACUGACCCGCGCACCGUGCUGGUGCCGGAGCGGGAGCUGGACCGGGCGCAGGCCAUGGUGGCAGGCUGCAGGGCUGGGAUGGUGCCGCCGGGGAGCAGCCAGGAGCAGCUGCUGUAUGCCAAGAAGCUGUACGACUCGGCCUUCCACCCCGACAGCGGUGAGAAGAUGAACCUCAUUGGCAGGAUGUCCUUCCAGGUGCCAGGUGGCAUGGCCCUCACUGGCUGCAUGCUGCAGUUCUACCGGACAGUGCCGGCCGUGGUGUUCUGGCAGUGGGUGAACCAAUCCUUCAAUGCCAUCGUCAACUACACCAACCGCAACGCCGCAUCCCCCAUCUCUCUGGCGCAAAUAGGAGUGGCUUACGUCACGGCCACCACAACAGCCUUGGCCACUGCUGUGGGACUCAACCUCUACACCAAGCGUGCUCCUCCAUUGCUCGCCCGCUGGGUCCCUUUUGCAGCUGUAGCUGCUGCCAACUGCGUGAACAUCCCAAUGAUGAGGCAACAGGAGAUCAUCCAUGGGAUCUCAGUGACCGAUGAGGACAACAAUGAGCUUGGGCACUCCAGGAGAGCAGCGGUGAAGGGCAUUGCACAGGUUGUGGUCUCCAGGAUCACUAUGGCAGCUCCAGGCAUGAUCAUUCUGCCCAUCAUCAUGGAGCGGCUGGAGAAGUUCCCCUUCAUGCAGCGGAUCCGGGUUCUCCACGCGCCGCUGCAGGUCCUGCUGUGUGGUGGGUUCCUGCUGUUCAUGGUGCCGGCAGCCUGUGCCCUGUUCCCUCAGAGAUGCUCUCUUGCGCUGGCUGACCUUGAGCCGGAGCUGCGGGACAGCAUCGUGACCAAGCAUGGGGACCAAGUGCCAUUUGUCUACUUUAACAAAGGGCUGUGAAUAGAGACUAUCUCAGGAGCCACUGAACCCCUCCAGCUCCCCACCACUGCCAGCCCUGUGCCAGUGUGGGGCUUGGAUGCAUGGUGCGGCCCCCAUUAACCCAAUCUGGGAGUGGAACUGGGAUCAUCUCCCAUUUCCCCACCCCAAACCACAUUGCUGCCUUAAACUGCUGCAGGGGCUUCUUUACAAAAGCUGAGCCCCACAGUGAGUGGGAAAGGACCUGUCCCCUGUGUAAGGGAGCACACCAAAGUCCUGGGACCAGUGCUUAGGACUGUGCCUUCCUUGCUCUCAGGUUCAGGUUUUAUUCACUUUGUGAUUGUCACAAUCCCAAAGACAAAAAGCUGAUUGUUUUUAAGCUCUGAAUUUUGCAAUCAGCUCACUGCACUAAGCAUGCAAGACAGCCAGGCAUCACCUUGCCAUUUUGUGCCUCACUGUUCCUGUGGUGGGACCAAGGACUUGGGAAACACUUGAUUCUGGCCCCCCUCACACAGAGAGGGUCACGAAGCCGUUGGGUUUUGAACUCAGGCUUUAAACAGACCACACUGCAAAUGACAGAUAGGGGUUGGCAAAUAAAACAUGGUGAUUUUUAAAACA